AUGGAACCUGAAGAGGGAAGAGGCAAGCAGACGCCCCCCUCUGCUGUGGAGGAAGCAGAGAGUUGCAGCAUGGCAGGAAACACACCACAGGACGAGCCAAAAGAGUCACAUGACAGAGAUGAAUCAGGACAAACUAAGCUGAGAAGACAGGGCUGUAACUGGUUUGCUAAAGAUGACAAUGAUGAUCGAAAUGAUUUUGAUUUGAAAUAUAGCUCCUUUAGCAAAAUCAUGUUCAAAUUCUGUGGUAAAGAUGCUCCCAAACCUGGAGAAGUGCCAUCCACUCGGUCAGCUCACUUUGAGAGUAACGUCGCCAAAGGUCUGCCGCCUCAAUGGUCAGUCGACCUCCACGAACUGCAGUUACAUGGCAGAUCCAGCAGUGAGAACCCAGAUGAAGACAGAGAGGAAAGACAGAAGUUUGUGUCAGAUCAGCCCUCACCCCUCCUCCCUUCUGACCACACCACCUGCUCUGAGUCCAUCACCCCUUGGACUUGUGAACUGCAUGGAUGCUCUGUGGUCCACCAGGACCUCGCUGACAGCACUGUAGCAGCAGCACCUGCAUUUAGGUUUUUGGAGGUUAACACAUCAGAAACCAACCCAGGACGCAGCCCCGAAACCCCAGAGGAAACAGUACCACCAGCUGCAGCCGGCCAGUCCUCAACCACAGACAAUUUGUCUCACUCUCACAGCAUGCCCUUACUGUAUGAGACUUUCUCCACACAACAAGUGCAGUCUCAGAGUUUACCUGAUGUUACAUCACAGGACAACUUUGAGGGGUUCACACCUGAGAUCUCUGAUGAUGAAAAGAGUGAAAUCUACAGGUUCCAGUGCACCAGUCCAGGCCUGUACCAGUGCAGUGUGACAGGCCUGGUGUUUAACAUGGAGGGAGAAGGGGAUGUGACUUACAGGAUCGUCCACUGGGACCGGAGGCUGCUCGCCCAGCAUCACAAGAAGCCUGCAGGACCGCUGUCUGACAUCAGAUGCCAGCAGCAGUCUGUCUGCCAGCUUCAUCUCCCACAUUGUGAGAUCAGAUCUACAGGUGCAUGUCAGUUCUUGUCAGUGGCUCAUGUGACCGACGAGGGCACCGAGUUCAUCCUUCCACAUGACAUAACAGAGACUCAUGUUGUUAUCAACAUCACUGGAUUUUCUGCGUAUGGUAAUGUCAAGGAUGAAGACUCACCGCCCGAUCUGAUCAGGGCGGCGGUGCUGCUGUUCUACACUCCUCCAGUUGAUCCUGAUCCUGCAUCCCUCCUCAAUGUGUUGUUGCUGCCUGGAAACGUUGUGAUCACGGAUGUGCAACAUCAAAGGAGAAAAAUAAAUGGGGUUGAGAUGUACAUAGAGAUAACCCCACACUGCAAACUCCAGCCAAAUCAGGAGUACAUACUGUCCACAUCUCCUGAGGAUGAAUCCGUUUUUGUACAACCAAAGGAGGCUGAAUUUGACAAUGAAUCUUAUGAUAACUACUUCCCAACAUUUCAAGUGAUUUUAGAGCAAAUCGUGAAAAGCAUGAGUCUGCUUCUGAGAGACAGUAACAGCUUCCUCUGUGUAUGGGAAAGGCGAGUUGGUCUUCCAUCAGCUGCCAUAAGGAAGCGCCAGAAUCAGAGUGCUGUGGGUCUCCGUCCCGACAUGAGUUUGCUCUCUAUACGGAGCAGCUUCAUCAGUGGGGUCUCAGGACCUGUGCUCCAAAGUCUGCUGGACAGGCUUUUAGAGAAACGGGUGAUAAAUGACUCUGAGCGGGAGGAAGCACAUGGGAUGCAGAACAAAGCAGACAAGGCUCGUUUUGUCAUCGACGCGGUGAGGAACAAAGGAGAAGCUGCUCGUUCAGAGAUGAUAGCGCUCCUCUGUGACAUCGACCCUUUCCUCUCUGAACAUCUUGGGCUGAUGUGAAAAA